CACUCCUGCUCCUUCAUGGUUUUUGUUUUUAAAAACCGAGCCUAGUGCAGUUUAGUCUCUCCUUGAUUAGCCUGGUGCCUCCUCCUGGAAUUGUCCCUGGUUCUGGUCUUCUGAGGCUCUGGCUUUAGAGUAUUGUCAGGGCUGAAUCUGAAUAACAACUCGGCCUCGGAACCCCCACCCCCCUUUAGCCCUACAACGGGUCAAGCGUUGUUAAUAGACUCUGAGCCUAUACAGAGUGCCUUUUCCUUAUUGAGGAACCAUAGUCAGCACAGCUGAGCUUAGGGAAACUGAGCUUCCUGCAGUAUGAAGUCGAAGAUGGCGCAGGACUUCUUGCCUUCAGGGAAGUGCUUUGGUACUUUGUUCGGAGAGCUGUUGGAAUAACUUCACCACAACCCCCCACCCUUUGUCUGGAACAUUGCCUUUCAGAUAUGUCUGCUGGAAUGAGAACCUUGUUGAUUGCUCUGGCAACCUCGACCUUGGACUGCCUCCAUGAUCUACAUAUACCUGCAAAGGGUUCCAGUUAUGGCUGGACUUGGUUAGGCUGAAUUAAUCUGCUAGAGCCUCUGUACGUUGGGCCAUGGCAGAGAGAAGCCAGGAGUGCUGGGGGCAAUGUUACAGAGCAGCCCAGAAGAGGCUGCCAGUGCUACGGUGGCUUCCCAAGUAUUCUCUGCAGUGCCUGCAGUUUGAUCUCAUUGCUGGACUGACCGUGGGAUUGACGGUUUUGCCACAGGCUCUUGCGUAUGCUGAGGUGGCUGGCCUCCCAGUGCAGUAUGGCCUCUAUUCCUCCUUUAUGGGCUGCUUUGUCUACUGCCUUUUGGGGACCUCAAAGGAUGUGACGCUGGGCCCCACAGCUAUCAUGUCGCUACUGGUCUCUUCUUAUGCAUUCCAUGACCCUGCCUAUGCUGUCCUGCUAGCCUUCCUCUCAGGCUGCAUCCAGAUAGCCAUGGGGCUACUACAUCUUGGUUUUCUCCUGGACUUUAUCUCCUACCCUGUCAUUAAAGGAUUCACUUCAGCUGCUGCAGUCACAAUUGGCUUCAACCAAGUCAAGACACUCCUAGGCCUACAGAACAUUCCACGGCAAUUUUUCCUACAGGUAUAUUACACGUUCUACAGAAUUGGAGAGACAAGGGCUUGGGAUGCUAUCCUUGGGCUGUCCUGCCUGAUACUGCUUGUGGGACUGCAACAAAUGAAAAGCCACACACCCCAGAGCUAUCGGACAGAAGGGUUAUCUGUGAGGAUCAGCCGAAUUGUUGUCCUGGCAAUAUCAACAGCCCGCAAUGCUCUCGUGGUCCUGUUUGCUGGCCUGAUAGCCUAUUCCUUCCAAGUAAUGGGCUCUCAGCCAUUCACCCUCACGGGGACCACGCCUCAGGGACUCCCUCCCUUCCAGCUACCACCAUUCUCAAAGGUCACACCCAAUGGGACAGUCCCCUUUGGAAAGAUGGUGCAAUCUAUGGGAUUUGGCUUAGCUGUUGUGCCUUUCAUGGGACUGCUGGAGACAGCUGCUAUUGCCAAGGCAUUUGCUUCUCAAAAUAACUACCAAAUUGAUCUCAACCAGGAGCUUUUAGCUAUGGGUUUCAGUAACCUCCUAGGAUCCUUUGCCUCCUCCUACCCAGUCACAGGUAGCUUUGGCCGGACAGCCGUGAAUGCUCAGACAGGUGUGCGCACUCCUGCAGGAGGACUUGUUACAGGGGCCCUGGUGCUGCUGUCUCUGGCCUACCUUACCUCCCUCUUCUACUUUAUUCCCAAAGCAGCACUGGCAGCUGUCAUUAUCUGUGCCGUGGCUCCUAUGUUCGAUGCCAGGAUCUUCCGCACCUUAUGGCAGGUUAAAAGGCUGGACCAGGUGCCGCUGUGUGUGACGUUUGUGCUGUGCUUCUGGGAGGUGCAGUAUGGCAUCAUGGCAGGGGUGGUGGCCUCGGGUAUUCUCCUGCUCUACCCCAUUGCCAGGCCUCACAUAAAGGUCUUGGAGUAUGAGACGUUGCUCAUACAGCCUGCCAGCGGUUUAUAUUUCCCAGCUAUUGAGUUCCUCCGGGAUACUGUGCACAAACGUGCCCUUUCAGCAUUCCAACUGCGCAGUGUCAUCCUGGACUGCACCCAUGUCAGUGGCAUUGAUUACACGGUGGUGAUGGGACUGUCAGAGCUGCUCCGGGAAUUCCGGUCCAGGAGAAUCUCUUUGAUCUUCGUUGGCUUGCAGGCUCAUGUUUUUCAGGUCUUGCUGGCUGCUGAUCUAGAAGGAUUCUGUUAUUUCUCUAGAUUGGAUGAUGCAGCAAAGAGUCUUGAAAAAGAAUUGCACAGUUCCAGUGAAGCCCUGUUUGAAUGUGGUGAUAGCUUAUUGCCAACAUCUGCGAUCAUUCAGUGAGGGUGCAAAGCCAUCCAUAUCUGUGCUCAAAGAGUAGGAGUUUAUUAUUCUUGACACUGAAGUGUCUGGCCUUGGAACAUACCUCAGAGUAUGGACACAGGUUGCAGAUGCCCUGCAUUUAUGUGUGCAUGACUUCAAAUUGCAACAUCACAAGCUGGACCUCUUCAACUUUCAGGCAUGAGAUGAAGCUACAAUAACAUACAAGUCAUCCAGUGUUUCAGGACUGUGGGGAAACUGAAGUGAUAUGAUUCUGGAUUAGCCGUGCUUCCAGUGGGAAGAGUGGUGGUAUACCCUUGAUGCUUAUUUAUUUCUAACAUUAAUUUCACUCCAGUGAUAUAGUUAAGAGAACACUAAUCUAGAAAGGGAAGUAUGACAAUUGAGUUUAUAUGAAAUAAAGCAGAAAAAAAUGAAAAAAGGGCUGAGUGUUGAUGGAUAGUCUGCACCUCUGGCUAAUUGUUUUCAUUUGUAAGGCUUUGAGGAUUGCAGUGUUCAAGGCUCUUUAUUUUACAGUGUG